AUGGAAACUUCAAACGCCUACGAAGGAAAUGACCCUAAUCCCACUAUUAUGACGACUUCAGAGUACAAGACCACAGAAACUUCCAGAAAGCGAGGCUACAGAAGCUGCCUGAAAUUCCAAUCGAAGGAAUUGGAAAAAUCGUUUCAAUAUUUAAUAAUCAGUGAAGAGAAACACAACUAUAAACUAAAUGAAAAUUUUGGCGAGAGAGCGCUCGAUUAUUUGCUUGGUUUUUAUUCUUUAUCAUUAGUUUAUCUACUGAUUUAUAUAAUUGCAUAUGCAAUUGAGGAUUCUUCAUCGAGCAGCUUUGCUUUCCAGGUUUGCUUGAUUUGUGGACAAAUGAUUUGAAAUUCUCUGAUUAUCUGGCUUGGGCUGACAACUAAUGUUUUUCGUAUUUAUAGGAUCCAAGCCUUGUCAUUUUCUUAUAUCUCAUUUGCUGCGAUUUUGAUUUUGAAUAACGGCCCUGUUCAGAAAUGGAUGCUGGAUGUAAAUUCUGAGACUUAUGUCUCAUGCCUCCCUGGCCUUUUGAUUCUUUUGACUAUAUCACAAUUUAUAACACAUUUCAGCUUUGCUAACUAUUUAAGAGACAAUACUCUUAUUGCAGCAGCUUAUAUAAUUCUUCAUCUUUUAUCUGACCAAAAAUUAGCUGUCACACUAUUUGAGUUUGGUAUUUUUGUUAUGAGAUUUUUAGUGGAAGCUUAUAAAUUCUAUAAAAAAGAAGCAGACUUGCGUCACAGGUUUUAUAAUAAGCAGACUUGAAAUGAAAAAAUCCUGGAGUCUGCAAAAUGUGAACCGCAAACCGAAAUUGAAGGGAUCACAGAAUUCUUAAUGGAAUGCUUAUCGUCAGCCAAAACAAUAAGGCAUACCCCUACUGCAAUUGAUGGCAAAAUCUCAAGAAUUAUUGACUUAAUUAAAAGGGUUUUGCAGAUGCUGAAGUCAAAGUCCAACAUUUAUACGCCUAACAUAGAUAUCAUCACAAGAAAUAUGACUGAAGAAGACAGACUAUUUGUGAGGCAAACAAUUAUUGAGAACUCUGCAACUGAAAUAUCAUCCGCUAAGUCCAAAAUUAAAAAGAGAGACACUGAAAAUAUUCUAAUGAUUACGAGGAGCUAUAAUUGACAAGAAUUAGCAGGGGUGCUGAAGCAGGUCGGGAAUAAUUGAAAUUUUGAUGUAUUUUUUUUGAAAGAGUGCACUGACGGAAAACCAUUGUCAACAGUGGGAAAAUAUUGUAUAGAUAAAUACGUUUUAGACGAGCUUCUUAACGUAAAUGAAAGUAUAAUAUCAAACUUCUUUGAGAGAAUGGAGUCACAAUAUAAUGAUAAUCCAUAUCACAACUCCACACAUGGAGCUGAUGUAUUAUCUUCUGUAAUGUAUUUUGUUAGAAAGUCAGUUUUAUCUGAGCAAUUAGCUGAUAUUGAUCUUUUAGCCAUUGUAGUAGCUUCUCUAGGGCACGAUGUAGGUCACCCAGGUUUGACAAACCGUUUUCUUAUUAAUAAUCGUGACACCCUUGCUGUGGAAUAUAAUGAUUUCUCUGUCCUCGAAAUGAUGCAUAGCUCAUCUAUUUUUAUUCUGAUGAAAACUCUUGAUACAGAUAUUUUUCAGAAUUUGUCACAGGAAGAUUAUACAAAUAUCAGAAAAUUAAUAAUCGAAAUGAUUUUAGCUACAGAUAUGGCGAGACAUUGGGAUUUUCUGUCAGCUUUUAAAGCAAAAAAUUCAACUGGGCCGCUUAAAAAACUGGAAACAUUGGAUCAGAAAAUUGAUGCUCUGAAGUUGCUAAUUAAAAGUGCUGAUAUUGGUCAUUCAGCAAAAUCUAAAGAUUUGCAUAAAAAAUGAAGUUACUUACUCCCACUUUUAAUUUGAACGAAAAACUGUUCCAAGGGGUUAAAUUUUAUUUUUUAAUCCCUUUGAAAUAGAACAAUUUUAGGUAAAUUAUCGAAUUUAGCGAUAUAAAUUAGGUAUAAAAGAUUUAUUUAUUUUAUCAAGAAAAGCUAAAAUUUUGAUUCCAAUUGGAAAAUUUAUCAAAAUUUUGUUCUAUUUUGAAGGGGGGAUUAGUUAUUGAGGAAUUUUUUAAUCAAGGAGACAUUGAAAGAUCCAAGAAUCUCCCCAUUUCAAUGUAUUGUGACCGAAAUAACACUGAUAUCCCUAAAUCUCAAGCAGGCUUUAUAAAAAAUAUAGUGCUUCCGCUAUAUGAAGCAAUGUCUAAUUACUUAGCCUCUGAUUUAAUUGAAGAAAAUUGCGUCAAAGAAGUCCGCAACAAUUUAAUGAUGUGGGAAAGCGAUACUGGAAGAAUGCGAUAUAAAACAAUGGUUACUAUGAACAUUGAAACUCCGCUGGAAGAAAAAGUAACUACUGACGCUAAAGGUAGGAAAAAUAAAAGAUAUGGGACUUCUCGAGCGCUACUUGAUCCUCCAAAAGCUUCAUGGGAAGAGUAA